AUGCGUCAAUAUGUGGACCUGUACCAGCGCUGUGAACUGCACAUUGUCGGCUCGUCGUGCACGGGCUUCGCGUGCGACACGAGCGACGUCGACAUCUGCCUGUUCCUGACCGAGUCGCGGAUCGACCAGCAGCACGACGCCACGCGCAUCCUGACGGAGGUGGAGCGGCUGCUGGCCAAAGACCCGGACUACCGGAUGGAGCUGAUCCGCGCCAAGGUGCCGAUCCUGCGCUUCCUCUCCGUCUCCACCGGCAUCCAGGUGGACCUCAACUGCAACAACCUGGUGGGCAUCCGCAACACCCACCUGCUGCAGUGCUACUCGGGCGUGGACGAGCGGGUGUGUCCGCUGAUCGUCAUAGUCAAGCUGUGGGCGCAAUCGCACGACAUCAACGACGCCUGCCGCGCCACCCUCAGCUCAUACUCUCUGGUGCUCAUGGUCAUACACUUCCUGCAGUGCGGCGUGCGUCCGGCCGUGCUGCCGAACCUGCAGCGGAUGUGCAAGGCGAAGUUCCGGCCGGGCCAGCCGAUCCGCUCCAUCCCCAAGGACGACUGCGUGGCGCACGUGGCGUCGCGCAACACGGACAGCCUGGGCCAGCUGUUCCUCGGCUUCCUGCGCUACUACGCCUACGAGUUCGAUUUCCAGACGCAAGUGGCGUCCGUGAGGACGGCGUCGUAUCUCCACAAGUACCAGUGCCGCGCCGUAGUGGCGUACAAUAACGCGCCGGGCAUGUGGAAGUACGUCUGUGUCGAAGAGCCGUUCGACCUGACCAACACGGCGCGCGCCGUGCACAAGUACGAUGCGUUCGAACGCAUCCUGCGCGCCUUCGUCGACAGCUACCACGCGCUGGCCAACGCCGGCCACCUGGCCCAGGCGUUUGGCACCAAGGGGCGCGCGCUGUUCGACGAUGAGACGUGCAAGGCGUAG